AUGUUUUCCAUGUGGCGAACUUUUCGUUUUGGUGUGCAAUUAGCGUGCAACCGAUCCGUGCAUCACGGUCUUUUACCAAGUGUAUGUAAAACGAAUCAAUUAUCAAGCACGAUCGUCAGAACAUGUCAUCACAAUCGGCCUGCUUAUAAAAGUGAUGAUUGCAAGGUGUCAAUUAAAUUAGAAAACAAACUAAAGUUAAUGUUCACAUGCAAAAAAUGCAAAACAAGAAACAGUAAACUAAUAUCAAAGUUGGCAUAUGAUAAGGGAGUGGUAAUAGUAAGAUGUGAAGGUUGCAAGAACAAUCAUCUUAUUGCUGAUAAUCUAGGAUGGUUUUCGGAGACAAAUCAAAAAAUAAAUAUAGAAAAACUUAUGGCUUUAAAAGGAGAGACUGUACGAAAAAAAUUGAAUGACAAAGAUGGUUAUUACGAAGCUGUUCUUAACGAAGAGUCGAAGUUACAUCAGCAAGAUGCUAACGAAUUAAAAGAUUCAAGUAAUGAAGAUAGUUCGGAAGAAAAACACAUGAAUUCCAAACAAAGUUGA